UGGGAUAUAUUUGUAGAUAUUUGGACAAUAUUAAAAAUAAAUACUAUAUUUUGGCAUGCAUUCCUGUGCGGGUGUUUCUUAAAAAACAAAUAUUUUUUUUAAUUUUUAAAUUUUGUUUUAUAUGUUUGAAUGUAUAUAACAGUACUUACAAAUAUUACAUAGUUAUUUUAUAUGCAUAUUUUAAACACAACAAUUUUGAUCGACACUAAUUUUAUUUAUUGUCUUAAACAGUCAAUAGUGUUAGCCGUCUUUAUAUAUAUGGUUAUCUAUUUAGAUGUAAGUUAUAUUAAAAUGCAUGAAUUAAAUAAUAUUUAUUAUACAUAAUAAUGUGACAGUUGGUGAUAUUUAUUCAUUAUUUACAUGUGUAUUAUACAUUUUUAGUUCUUAGUAAUAAGUAAUUAGGUAUUAGAUUUUAACUUUACGAUAAAAAUCACAUUAAUUUAAAUUUUUUUCUACAAUCAAUAAUUACUUAAUUAUUUGGUUCUUUUAGAUUUUAAAUAAUUGAUUACAAAUUUAUGUACACUAAUCAUAUAAUGUGAUUAAAAAUUACAUUAUUUUAUUCAAAUAAAUAUUUUAAAAUAUAAACAUAAAUAUAUUUCUAGUUAUAGUUAUUUUAUUUAUAAAACGAAUUUCUAUUUUAAAUAUAGUUUAUAAUAUAAACCGAAGUCCUGAAAUAUGUUAGUUUGUAUUUAGUGAAUAUAAUAUAAGUAUUUUAUCUAAAUUUUAUUCUGAUACUUUGAAUAUAUUUAUUAUAUGUUUUCAUUACAAUGUCAUCACUGAUUCUAUAAAAAUUAAAUAGUUACUAUUAGAUGAUAAUGUAAGGUGAAGAUAGCAUAGUAAUACAUAUAAGAAUAAAUAAUAUAAAUAUUUAGAUAAAUCUACUAUAUAAAGUAACGUGGGAUAAUAUUUGUAGAUAUGUGGACAAUAUUAUAAAUAAAUAUGGUAGAAUAUUUAUAUUAGCCCAUUAUCUUUAUUUGGUAGUCGGCGACAAAAAAAUCUUUAUUUGGUAGUCAUAUAAUAUGGUGGUACGUUCCACUAAUUAUGGUCCACCUAUCGUUAUUUGUAGUAUUUAUAGAAUUUUUUUUUUGGGAAUAUUCCCCUAGUCACACUGAGAUUAUUAACCAAAAUCUAACGGCAUAAAAUGUAAUAGUAUUGUUAAAUUAAGUGUAAAUCUCAAGAAUUUUUGUUUUUGUUAUUAAUAGUAUUGAUUUUUAACAUGUUUUGCAUCACUAGUUAUAAUCAAGGGCGAAGCCAAAACAUCAACUAUGGUGGUAUGUGCAUCCACAAAAUAUUGAAUAUCAAAAUAUUUAGUAUGUUUAAAUAUAUAUUGUCAGCUAGAUGAGAUGGUUAUACGAUGUUGUGCAUCGAUAAUGCUUUCGGGUUCGGGUUCGGGUUCGUUAACCAAUUUGUCAUUUAUUUUAUUUAGUACAAUUAUCCACCCAUGAUAAUUCAACUUUCUGUAUAAGAAAAAAAAGUUGCACCUAUCAAAUAUUUUUUAAGCAACUUUGCUUUCUUUAGUCAGGAAAUUGUUCACUAAUUUUAUGUUAAAUCAAAAUCAAUGAUUCUUCAAUUAUUUUAUUUUAUUGCUAGAUACUGAUUCCACAAUUUUUUUUCUGAGAAAUAUUCCACAAUUUUUAGCAUUAGCUUCUUCUAAAGAUUGGCACCUAAUCCUCAAAAUACAAUUUGUGUGUCAACUCUUGUAUCCGGACGCUGACACGAAACCACAAUUUCAUGAUUCCACGAUUCCACGAUUUUGGGAUCAAGUAACAGUUUCAUGAAUGCGCUUUUUUUUUAAAAAAAAAGUAACAGUUUCAUAUUCUGUAAGAAAUCAGUCUAUCCCAAAACCGAAAAUUCGAUUGGAUUUUUAUGAAAUUCUAUAACUCUGCACCAAAUUUAUAUGUUGUGAUUUUGAAGUAUAGUUUCAAAUUUAAGAAAGCUGAAAUCUUAAAUUUUGAUGCAUAUAUUUAUAUACUUAUGUGAUUGCUUAUUUAGUUCGGGACUCGGCUAGAAGAGUAUAACAUGUUUGAGCAUGUUAAAACAGAAAAUCCGGCAGGCCACAAACUUCCAGUUGGGAGUGAUCUGUGAGGGUCCGACACUUGGAUAGAGUGUUGUGAGAUUUAUAUUGGUUCCAACUGAGUGAUGUGCCUUGUCUAGGACGGUACCAAAAUUAUUUCUAGGCAUCAUGCAAAGACACAUAUGAUAAAGCUAACAUCCUCAACCGUGUGAGAUACAGUAGUGAUAUGCUUCUUCAGUCGGCUUUUUGAAUUUUUUGUCUAGAGUUAAUAUAAGCGGAAAUGUAUCGGGUUGGAUAACCAGUGAUAAGAUGCAACUUCAAAGAUCGAUGAUAAUCUAACCACUCACGAAGAGUGGAUAGUUAGAUUACUUGAUUACUUAUUUUGAACUGCAUAGUCAUUGCCAUAUUCGAUCUUUGAAGCUUGAUUGAUGAAUAUUAAGAGAAUGAUUUAAUUGUUAGGGAAUCUUGGCUCAGUGAGUAAACCAGUUGUUCAUUAGACUCUUUGUUAUGCAGGAAACUAUAGAGGUAGUGUAAUAUGUAAUAAGUUGAAAGUGGUGCUCCUUAUAUAUGUCUGAUGUUUUUUUAAACCUAAGUAUAUAUGAAUAAUAAAGGUUUAUAAAAAUAUUUGGGUUCCAUAUAAUAUUAGUCAUAAUCUGGGACGAACCAGCUAAUGGUUUCAAACUCAAAUUACACAUCCUUAACGUGGAAUCAUUAGAAAACUCGUUCUCGAAUAUUUGAUCUUAAAAUUUUUGAUUUGAUCUGAAAAUUUCAAGCGAGUGUUCGAGCACAUUAUAAUAACAUAUUCGUUCUAGUUAAAGUUAUUUAGUUUGUCAAGUAUGUUUUUAUUUGAUUGUUGUACGGUAAAAUAAUCAAUUUUGAUAUAUACCUAAUCAAGAGUGUUACACUCCCAACCUGCUAGCUUUCAGCUUUAAAAUAUGAUAUUUGUGUGGGAGGAUAAUAUCCAGCGUAGGUAACUUUUGAUAAGGCUUACCUUGUCAGCCUACUAUGAUAUUUUAUUCUAUAUUAGGUAACUUUUGUUUUUAAUAUGUUUGGUGAUGAUGAUUUGGCCUUACAGUGCUAUGAACAAUCACAUUUUUUGCCUAUAAAAUUGGUAGCCUAAGUUGAUCGACCCGAUAACAUUGACGGUGAAGAUAGAAAGCAUGGCAGUUCUUGGAGCAAGACAUGGAUCUCAAUUUUCUCUUCCUUCUCGAACCAAAAUGUUUCGGGAAAUGAAAAUCUCUCGCUUUCCACUAACGUCAUUUCCCCGUAAGAAAGCAAAGCAUGUCUCUUUGAAGGCGACACCGACUUGUGAUGGUCGAACGUUCAAGAAGAUGUCACCUUCUGAAUGGACUAAUCACUUCGACUAUGUUUCCAUUGAUGUUUCCGAAAUGGAUGCACUUAAGAGAGAGAUAGAAGCACUAAAGCCGAAUGUGGGCAAAAUGUUCAUGUCUCCCAAAGGCGACGACUCCGUGAAGAAGAGAAUCCUUAGUAUCUAUUUGCUGGUGAGCCUUGGUCUUGCGUAUCAUUUUGAAGAUGAGAUCGAGGAGAGUGUAAGAGAUGCUUUCGAGAAGAUAGAUGAGAUGAUGGCUGGUGAAGAAGACUUGUACACUGUUUCCACCAUCUUCUGGGUGUUCAGGACGUAUGGUUACAACAUCUCUUCCGAGGUAUUCACGAGAUUCAAAGAAGACAAUGGGAAGUUUAAGCAAUGUCUUACUAAGGAUGUGAGGGGUAUGUUGAGCUUGUAUGAAGCCGCUCACUUGGGGACGACGACUGAAUACAUAAUGGAUGAAGCUUUGAGCUUUUCAUCAAAAACCUUGGCCUUGAUAGCAGAAGAUCAUAUGUUCCCGUCUCAUCUCUUAAGGCAUAUACAAAAUGCCCUUGCUCUACCUCAGCGUUGGAACAUGGAGGUAAUGGUUGCAGUUGAAUAUAUCCGGUUCUAUGAACACGAGGUUGGUCAUGACGAGAUGAUACUCAAGUUUGCCAAGCUCAAUUUCAAUUUAAUCCAGCUCCAUUACCUUCGAGAACUCAAAAUACUUAUAAAGUGGUUCAAGGACUAUGACUUUGCAUCUAACUUGCCACGUUACUACAGAGAAGUAAUCGUGGAAAUGCACUUCUUUUCACUAGCGAUGUUCUUCGAGCCCCAAUUCUCACGUGCGAGGAUUAUGCAGACUAAGUUUUACAUGGCUGAAAUGAUUAUUGAUGAUACAUGUGACAGAUAUGCUACCCUUCCAGAGAUUGAAAGCCUUGUAAAUAGCUUGGAAAGGUGGGCUGAUGAUGCCAUGGAUUCUCACCCUGGUUUUUUAAAAUUUGUGUUUAAAUUUAUGCUGGAUGUCUUUGAAGACUGUGAGCGAGAAUUGAGGCUACAAAAAAGAUCUUACAGUGUGGAAGAAACAAGAGAUGAGUAUAAGCUAUUCGUGAAAUCCAAUCUUGACCUUGCCAAAUUGGCACCAGCGGGUCACGUGCCUAGCUUUGAAAAGUACAUGGAGGUUGGUAAAGUGGAGGUUGGGGGAUUUAUAAUUCUCGCAAGCGCUUUGAUGGGUAUAGAUGAUAUGGAUGAAGUUCAAGGCUAUGGCUGGUUGAAAUCCAGAUCUAAACUCCUUCAGUACUUAGCCGAAAUGCUGCGUCUUAUGAAUGAUAAAACCGGUUUUGAGAUUGACAUGAAUAGAGGAUAUGUCACUACUGGAAUGAAUUGUUAUAUGAGGCAAUACGGGGUUGCUGAAAGGGAAGCGUCUAGAGAAUUCCAAAAUAUAAUUGAAAAGACCCGUAAGCUGAUGAACGAGGAGUUGUUGAAGACAAGUGAUGUACCACGUAGAGUUUUAAAGACAGCUUUGGACUGUGCACGCACGGGCUGCAUUGCCUAUAAGGCAGGGGAAGGAGUAACCAAUCCCCGUGGAAAAAUCACAAAGCAUAUCAUAUCGUUAUACGUUGAUAAGAUAUGUCUCUGAAGAAUUUAAUUGGACUAUAUAUUGUAUUGUUUUCUUCAGUUCACUAGCGGAAGAAAGUAUGAUGGCCUUUGUGAUGUGACAUGAUUUUCCGUUCACUAAGUGAUCGUUGUGGAAGAAAUUUGAAAAUAAUAAAAAGUGUUUGCAUGUGUAGUGUUCU